CAUUGAUCAAGUAUUGUAUUGCUAUCUUUAACCACUUCGUUUUUUAUUAAAACACACCGUGAACACGCUAGUAAUACUAGAGUUAAUUACCGAUUUAAAAUAUUCCAAUGUAAUGUUUGAAUUGGUGCGGGACUGCAGCCACAUCACACUCGCUGUUUCAGGAAUUAAAAGUUGAUAUAAGGCGAAUCUAAACAAACUGUAACUAUGGCAGAUGGUGCAACGGAUUUACUAUUUUUCUUUCUGUUUAUACUUUUCUGUAUAUUUGCUUUUAUAGCGUUGAAAGCUUUUUUUUAUGACAGUGAUGUUACUUUGAUUGUGGAAAAUAACCAGUGCAAGCCUUAUUUCAUGGAAAAAGUGAAAGUUGCUUUUGAAAAAGGAAGGAAUUUACUUUAUUAUCUUCAAGAAGCGGCUCAUAAAAACAAGAGUUUCGAGUAUAACGCCGUCACUGAUAGUCGUUUGGGCUACAUUAUUGUGAUGAUUAAUGGUGUUGCUAUAGAAGCAGAAAAUUCUAAAUUUUGGAUCAUAGAAGAUGAGAACGGAAGAAAAAUAGAGCACGUACGUGAUUAUUUUCCGAAAGAAAGAGAGACAAUCCGAUUCAACUAUGUGAAGCGUAGUCUACUAAGACAGGUGCUGACAUACAUUGUUUCUGUACCCGUAAAAUUUGUGAAAUACGCAUUUGAAUAUUAUUAUAAGGGGGGCAGUUCUGAUGAUACAUAUAGGCAGAUGGCACACGAUAUGGUUUAG